UGGAGCUGUUGGAGUCUGGUGGGCUCAGCAGAGGACUGCAGCUAAAGGCAGAGAUUCUUCUCCUACACUCUAUCUAAAGCCAACAUUUGAAAGGUAAAGAGUGGGCUCUGUGAGCCUUUUCCUUUCCUAGACUGAUUGUGGUCUAGUGUGAGGUCCAUGCAGGUCAGUACAGCUGCUGUUGGUUACUGAUUACAACAGCUGUGUGGAGUCUAGAGACUGGCAUGUCUUAGCCCUUCCUCCUCUUUCCCUUCUUACUCCCUUUCCUCCCCCUCUUCUUCAAUGUUCCUAGAGCCACUGACUUUUUUAGGACUCGGACCACGUACCUUACUGAUUUCUGAGACAGCAAGUGUCUCUGCAUCCACUGGAGGUGCAGGGUGGGUAUGGAUAAAUGGGGAUUAAAGUUGUAUCUCAGACUUUUAGCCUGAGUCGCAGAACUUGUUCCUGAGUUAGUAAAAUGCCAAGACCACCAUCUAGUGGUGAGAACAGUACAGCGCGGGAUGAACUCAGCACUGGGCUGACCACUGAUUUACGGAGCCACGUAUUUCUUUUCAAAAUUCAGGUUCCUGUAAUGUCUCUCCCCAAGUCACAACUGCAGUAUUUGCUUUUGGCUUGUCAUGUUUGUGUUAGCGAUGGAACGCUGGCAUCUGAAUUUAGCGGGUUAUAUUUUCUGUAAGUUGAAGCCCCUGAGGCUGGUAGUCAAGUCGAGGUUAGGCUGCCUGUCUUUUAUCUGAAGGGCUCGGAACUCACUGUGGGGAUCACAUACCAGGGUGCAGCGUCCUCCUAUCCAGUUCUGUGGGGAGGCUGUGCAGAGCGGGUCCAGGGCAGCCUGACAGCUGGAGCUGUGUGGAAGGCAGCCUGAGACCGAGUGGGAGGGACGGGUCUCAGUGGGGCGGAGACAUUCACCCGGAAACAGAGGUCGGAAGGAUGUGGCUCAUUAGGUGGGUGUAGACGAAGGGUUGAGAGAGGGAAGAGUUAAGAGAGUGAAGUGAAGGAAAGCUGAAAACCGUGUGGGAGAGAGCAGGGAAGUUGUAAGGAGGAUAGAAAUCGGAAGUGCCAAGUGCCCAUUCUCUGUCGUUGCACCAGGUCCUGCACCGUGGGGAUUCUUAUGGUGCAGACCCGGGUGUGGAGGACACGGCGGGGUGUCGCGGGGACCUGAAACUCCCCGGAGCCGCAGUCGCCGCGCGGGGCGGCCUGGGAAAGUCACCAGUCAGCAGCGCAGUGGCGGGAACCGCAGCCCGGCGGCCCUGGAACCUCCCAGCCAGUGAUGCGACUGUGAACUUCUCCCAGGAGGAGGGUCAAUGCCUGGACCCUGCCCUGAGGUCUUGGUACAGACACUGAAUACUGCAGAAUCCCAGCAGUUUGUUUCCUGUAGAGUUCACUGAUCAGCCAGACCUUCUCACCUGUGGAGCAGAACAAAGAGACCUGGAGGAUGGAGAGGGAGGAGACAGUGGCUAAGGAUCCAGGGCAGCAAGCCAUCCAUUCAUUGUUCCUGAAAGAGACACUCAAAGAAGAGAAAGAGGAAGAAAUGGCUGAUUCUCUAGUAAGUAUGUCCCAGGGUCUGUUGACAUUAAGGGAUGUAUCUGUGGACUUCUCGAAAGAGGAGUGGGAAUGCCUGGACUCUGCUCAGCGGUCUUUGUACAUUGAUGUGAUGUUGGAGAAUUACAGCAACCUGGUCUCUGUGGAGAACUAUUGCAAAUGUGAUCCUGUCCAUCAAGAUGUGAAGACUGAAAAGGAGUCUUGUCAGUGGAAUGCACUUGUCAAAGUGCUUCAUGACCCCUCCAUAUAUGCACUUUAUAGAACAAGUCAAACUACAGAAAUCUCUAAUAACUACACAUGCAGUAAUCACAGGGAUGCCUCUAUUGACUCCAUCCCAGAGAGACAUGAAAGCAUGCAUAUUGGAGAAGAACCUUGCAAAUCUGAAGGCUGUGAAAAAUCUUUAACUUUGUUUUCCAACAUGACUCAAGAUCAGAGAUUCUACACUGCAAAGAAAGGGCAUAGACAGGAGGAACACAAUGACUAUUUCAGCUCUACACACAGUCUUUUACAACAAACAAUCUACAUUGGAGCAAAACCACACCAGUGUGGGAAAUGUGGGAAAUGCUUCAGUACUGCCUCAAGCCUCACUGUACAUCAGAGAAUUCAUACUGGAAAGAAACCCUACAAAUGCAACAUUUGUGACAAAUCCUUUAACCAGUGUGCAAAUCUGAAAACACAUCAAAGACUUCAUACUGGGGAGAAACCUUACAUAUGCAAGGAGUGUGGAAAGUCAUUUCGUCAGUUAUCAGCACUUAAAAACCAUCAGAAAAUGCAUACUGGAGAGAAGCCUUACAAAUGUAAGGAAUGUAAAAAAUCCUUUACUGUGAAGUCAACUCUUACAAAGCAUCAGAGAAUUCAUACUGGAAAGAAACCCUAUAAGUGCAAUGUUUGUGACAAAUCCUUUACUCAGUGCUCAAGUCUUAAAACACAUCAAAGACUCCAUACUGGAGAGAAACCUUACAAAUGCAAAAAAUGUGAAAAGUCAUUUCCUCAGUUGUCAGCACUUCAUAGCCAUCAGAAAAUGCAUACGGACAAAAGGCAUGCUGGAGAGAAGCUUUACAAAUGCAAUGAGUGUGACAAAUCCUGUAGACACUACUCAUCACUUAGAAGGCAUCAGAAAAUUCAUUCUCUAGAGAAACUAUACAAAUGCAAAGAAUGUGGUAAGUCCUUUCUUGAAUUGUCACAUCUUAAAACACAUCACAGAAUCCAUACUGGUGAGAAACCUUACAAAUGUGAGGUAUGUAACAAAUCGUUUACUACAACCUCAACUCUUAGAACACACCAGAAAAUUCAUACUGGAGAGAAACCAUACAAAUGUAUGCAAUGUGACAAAUCUUUUACCCAGGACUCACAUCUUAGAAGACAUCAGAGAGUUCAUACUGGAGAGAAACCUUACAGUUGUAAGGAAUGUGACAAAUCUUUUUCUAAGUGCUCAACUCUUAAAGAACAUCAGAAAAUUCAUACUGGAGAGAAAACUUACAAAUGCAAAGAUUGCGGCAUAUCCUUUACCCAGUAUUCAAAUCUGAGAAAACAUCAGAAAGUUCAUUCUGAAGUGAGACAUUACUUCUGUAAGGAAUGUGACAAAUCUUUUACUCGAAGCUCAUAUCUUAGAGUACAUCAGAAAAUUCAUACUGGAGAGAAACCUUACAAAUGCAAAGACUGUGACAAAUCCUUCAUCCAGCGUUCAAAUCUUAGAACACAUUACAGAGUUCAUACUGGAGAGAGACCUCACAUAUGUAAGGAAUGUGGUGAAUCUUUUACUAAGUCCUCAACUCUUCGAGCUCAUCAGAAAAUUCACACCAGAGAGAAAAAUGCCAUUAUAAACAAUGUGAUGUAGCAUUUAUCUGGUAUUCUCUGCUAACAAAUCACAACAGUGUACAAAAUAGAAACAAAGAAACUAGUGAAAGCCUUUAGAGAAUGUUCAAAUCUUAAAAAAGUACCACAGUAUUUACAUUAAAAUAAAAAUCUGCAAAUGUAA